AUGCCUCGCAAGCAGACUCAGUCACGAGGUCCGAAAGACCGGUCUACCCAAAAACCGGCACCCAAGCGAAAGAACGGACGGGCGCUGGACGCACUCUCUAUUGCUGAAGAGCAAGUUCCUACAAAACUGGGAGUCCGGCGCAACCGCUUGGGCCACUCUGAUGAUUGGUCCCAUCGCAAAAGACAUUCGGGCCGCGACGAAGACGACGAAGACGACGACGAAGAGGGUCCAACCCAUAAACGCCGCCGAACCGAGGGAUCUGACGGUGGAAGCGAUAGCGAGGGCCACGAGUGGAAGCUGGGACAAGUGGACAGCGACGAUGACAGCGAGCUGGACAGUGACGAGGCUCUGGGCGAGAGUGACGAGGAGAGGUUCGAGGGCUUCACUUUCCGCGGAAGCUCGUCCAACCAGUCCAAGCCUAACCCGAAGAGAACUGCUGCUGCAUCAAAGAAACGUCCCGAGAUCAGCUUGUCCGAAGACGUCGAAGAAUCCGAGGACGAAAAAUCUGGUGAGGAUGAAGAAGACGGUGACUUGGGAGAAGACGCCGUCGACCUCGCCACUGCUUGGGAUAUGAAUACAGCUGCAGAGGAGGAGGAAGCCAAGAGGGCGGCUGCAAAAACCAAAAAGGCCGCAGCAGGAGAUGAAAGUGAAGAGGACUCGGGGUCAGAGGGCGACAGUGAAGAAGAUCUCAGUGAUGACUCUGGUUUGUCUGUGUCGGACGAUGAUGCCGAUAGCUCCAAUACACAAGGGUUGUCGAAACUACAAGACUUUGUCAAAUCGAUGGAGACCAAAGGAACUUCGAAACGCCCGCAGAAGUCCCAAGAAGCAGACAAGCCUACGGAAUACGGAUUGACGUCUACUAACAAGUUGACUGUUGCUGAUCUACUGCCCUCGAUUACCGACUCUCGUCUCAAAAACUCGCUUAAACAUGUCGAUUCGGAUCCUCAGACAUCCAAGUCGGGAAUCCCGGGGAAGCUCGACGCUCCCCUGGCGAAACGACAGCAGGAUCGACUCGACCGGGCCGCUGCCUAUGAUAAGAGCAAAGAAACCCUCAAUCGGUGGCUUGAGACCGUCAAAGCCAAUCGCCGGGCCGAACACCUCAUGUUCCCUCUCCCCGAUCCUGACGCCCAACACUCCCAUCGCAUGGACAUUGCCAAGCCGCAAACGGACUUGGAAGGCACCAUUCAGAAUAUUCUUGUGGAGAGCGGACUAGCUGAAGCUGGGGGCAAUUCGGCCGAGAGCCAAGUUCAAGGCUUUGAAGAGCUAAAAUCUCGCCAGUUGCCUGUGGAAGAGAUCCAGGCCCGGCAAGCAGAACUACGGAAGCGACGUGACCUGCUCUUCCGGGAGGAAGUGCGCGCUAAACGGAUCAAGAAAAUCAAGAGCAAGUCAUAUCGCCGGGUUCAUCGCAAAGAACGCGAGAGGCUGGAGCAGCAAGAACGACAAGCACUUCUGGAGGCGGGUGUGGAUCUGGACGAAAACGAGAAGGAGAAGAACGAGCGACAGAGAGCUGAAGCUCGGAUGGGCUCCAAGCACCGGGAAAGUAAAUGGGCGAAGAGCUUGAAGCAAACGGGUCGAACUGCCUGGGAUGAAGACGCUCGCAAUAGUGCGGCCGAUCUCGCACAAAGAGAGGAAGAGCUACGAAAGAGAAUCGAAGGGAAGCGCGUGUCUCAUGGCGACGACGACUACUUGGGAUCUUCUAGCUCCGAAUCAGAGGAUGAAGAUCGUUGGCAGGAAGAUGGGUCUGAUAUGGAAAAGCGGAAAUUGCGUCGAAAACUGAGUGCUCUCGAGGCUGAUGUCGCCGAUGAGGACAUCAAGGGACCCCACUCGAAUCUCUUUGCCAUGAAGUUUAUGCAAAAUGCCGACGCCGCACGUAAGGAACAGAACGACGCGGAAAUCCGAAAACUGAACCGUGAGCUGCACGGGGAGGAAUCACAGUCAGAGGCCGAAUCUGAGGUCGGUCGACGAAAGUUUGGCCAAUCCGCGAAGCCUGGAACCAAGUCCAAGGCAAAGUCCUUGCCCAAGAAUGAAUUUGAGGAAGCUGCGGGCUCGGAUGAUGAGGCGCAAUCAGCGGAAGAUCAGGAUGUGGACAUUGUCGUCGACCGUCCCUCCAAGCAAAAGCCAGCGCCCUCGGCUGCAAAACCUGCUUCGCGAUCCUCAAACAAAGCUUCCACCAAGUCCAAUGACCACGUUGAAAACGAGAACCCAUGGCUGGUUCAAACAGAGCGAACCAACCGUCGCCGGGCAGGCCCCGACACCCAAGAGACUGUGGAUAUUUUGCUCGAUGACCAACCACAAAAGAAUGCCCGUGCCGAUGAUCGUGGCAAGAAGGGCAAGACUGCAAAGGCUGUCCCCGCCAAAUCACAUACUGUUGGCGAGAACGAUAGCGACGAUGAGGACAACGUGCUUGUUCUGCUUAAGAACCAUGACCUGGUGAAGAGGGCCUUUGCUGGCGAUGAGGUUGUGCAAGAUUUCGAACAAGAAAAGAUGGACACUGUUGAGGACGAGGGCGACAAAGUUGUCGACAACACGCUCCCCGGAUGGGGCAGUUGGGCUGGUGACGGGAUCAGCAAGAAGCAGCAGAAGAAACAGAAGCGAUUCCUGACCACCGAGCAGGGAGUGAAGCCCGAGCACCGGAAGGACGCCAAACUCUCGCGGGUCAUCAUCAAUGAAAAACGAGUCAAGAAGAACACCAAGUACAUGGCCAGCCAGCUUCCUCACCAGUUCGAAACGCGACAACAAUACGAGCGGUCGCUCCGCUUGCCACUGGGCCCCGAGUGGUCUACGAAAGAAACGUACCAGAGUGGAACCAAGCCUCGGGUUAUGGUCAAGCAGGGCAUCAUCAAGCCGAUGGAGAAGCCGGCAUUUCGUCUACAUGGCGUGCAACCCGUCACACAGAGCAACCCCAUCGAGUCUGGUGACGAUCCCAAUGGCACUGGAAUGCCCGUCAAGGCCGAACCGGCUGAUCUGAGCUGA